AUGGCGACCAGUAUUCAACCAGAAGUGGCUGAAGUUAGUUUGUCUUCAUUGACAAGAAAUGUUAUAGUAGGAACAACACUGGGGCUUGGAAUUGGUAUUGGUAUAGGAACGGGAUUAUUUAUUGCUAGGAAACUAACUAAAACAAUGACUGCAGACAAAGACUUGGUUAUCGGAAUGCAACAGCUAUCCCAUGAAAUGAAAGAACUUCGUUGUGUUUUGACGCGACAAAGUCAAGAAAAUAUCAUUGUACCGGUUAAAGAGACUAAAGUUACUCAAAAUAAGUAUAGUGCUAACUCACUAAGGGAUUUGCUGUCUAUUAAUUCUGAWGACGAUGAAGAAUUUUAUGAUUUUAAUCAAGAAGAUGAAGUCCCAKYUUCAUUGCAAAAUGAACAGGUCAUGCAAAGCCCACCAGCUGAAGACAUCAAGUCAAUAAUACAGGAGUAUGAAACCUUCAAUGACGAAGAACACAAUGACAGAGACAUCAAUAAAGUUCAUCAGUUCUUAGACAAUGCUGCUAAAAAGCAUCCAGAUAGUGGAGAAAUAUUAUGGAGACUAGGAAAAUCUUAUUAUGAAGUCGCAUCAGAACAAGGCAAAGAUGGAUUUCUUGAAGAGAAAAAGAAUUUACUGUAUAAAGGUUUAGCUGUAGCUAAGCGUUCAGUUGAGGUUGGAAGCAAAAUUGCAAAUGCACAUAAGUGGUAUGCAUUAUUACUGGGGAGUACAGCAGACUAUGAAAGCACGCAAGACCGAAUCUUAUUAGGGUUUAAAUACAAGGAACACAUUUCCAAAUCAAUAGAACUAAAUAGCAAGGAUCCAACUGCAUAUCAUCUUCUUGGACGAUGGUGCUUUGAGGUAAGUCAACUACCAUGGUGGCAAAGACGAGCUGCAGCUACCUUCAUUGCUGAGCCUCCAACAUCUACAGUAGAAGAAGCUCUUGAAAACUUUCUUAAGGCAGAAAACUUGGAACCUGGAUUUUGGUUGACCAAUUCAUAUUGGAUUGCAAAGUGUUACUAUGAGAAAAGCCAGUACAAUGAAUGCAGACAGUGGCUGCAAAAAGUAGUAACCAUGGAUCCCAAGUCACCAGAUGAUGAUAAGGCACUGCAAGAUGCCAGAGACCUUUUACAAAAAGUUUAAUGAAAAAUAUUAUCGAAACCCCCCGGUAAGGUUCAUAURAUAACUGCAUAGCCUGUGGGCUGUAAACAUGGAAUAAGACUUCCUUUAACUACCAAGGCUUUUCAUAGCUUAAUUUAAAACGUUUUUAUGUCAAAAUGUCAAAGCAUGAAAUGUAUUCUAGUUUUAAACAUCAUGCAGGUGCAGUUUUACCGUUUUUAUAAUUUUUUCAAAUUGAUACAACUAUUAAAUUAAAAACACCUUCAUGUGUAUAAAUAACAAUCGGACUAUUUACAUCGAUAAAAGCAGUAUUUACUCUUCCAGAGUCAUGUUCUCGAUUCACAGGAACUUUACAUCAAUUCCGCCUCAUGUAAUUAAAUGAAAAAUACUCAGCUAAAGCGCAUUAAAUUCAAAAAGAAACACU